AUGCAAGCAAGAGCGAACGAUAGCCACUCCAUCAAGCUGUUCACUCUCUGUCUGUGUGUCGGCAGAAAUGGAAUGUGCCGACAAUUCCAUGGUGGAGGAACCCAUGAGCCCUACCGGAAGAGGUAUGGAAGAGAUGGGUAUCUGCAUCGUCCUCAUGAUGGGGCUUGGCGCGCCAGUGAACCUGCCCGUCUUCCGCGACGGCAUCGAAACAGAACUAGUUACUCGUCUGCCACGCUUCCACAGUAUUCAAGUAAUGGACGAGUCCACAUAUGGUCAGCCACGAUGGGUGAACACGGAUGUAAAUGUUGAUGACCACAUUGUCAUCCCAAGGCUGGACCCUCUUGAUGUGGCAUCCGACCCUGAAAAGGCCGUGGAGGACUAUGUGGCGUCACUGUCCCUGCUCCCGAUGGACAGGUGCCGCCCACUCUGGGAGUUCCACUUCCUCGAUUUCCCAACAUCUGAGAGCACCUCUACGGUGGUGCUUCGUCUGCACCACUCCAUAGGCGACUGUAUGUCGAUCACGACACUCCUUGUAGCAUCGUCGCGCAGCAUGGCCAAUCGAGCGAGGCUGCCAGCUAUGCCGCCACCACCAAAGCGCACGGGCCCGAUCUACCAGCCGCCAGCACGGCCACCGCUGUCUUCAGUCCAUUACCUUGCACUGUUCGCUUGGAUUUGGUCGUAUUUUGUGCUGGUGUGGCACACACUUGUGGACACUGCCCUCAUCGUUGCGACGAUAUUGUUCUUGAGUGAUCCACGCACGUUGUUCAUCCGUGCGCAAGACCAUGGCGAAUCAUCUCGCCGCAAGCGUUUUGUGCAUCGAAGCCUUAGCUUUGACGAUGUCAAGCUCAUCAAGACUGCCAUGAAUUGCACUAUCAAUGAUGUGCUAGUCGGUGUGACUUCAGCAGCUCUUUCGCAAUAUUACUUUAGAAAGACCGGUGACAGUAACACUAAGAAAAUCGGUCUGCGAUCAUGUGUGCUUGUUGACGCAAGGCCAGUCUCUACGCGACAGACUUAUGUUACCAGGGUAGAGACAGGAAAUCGACUUAGCGGCCUCAUGUGUCCAUUUAAUAUAAUCUUGCAAGAUGACCCCCUUGAGUAUGUUCGCGAGGCAAAAAGAUUUAUGCAUAGGAAAAAAAGCUCUUUAGCAGUGAUGUUCACGCCAGUAGUUGGUGAGAUGUUGGUGAAAUAUUUUGGUAUCAAGGCAGGAACGUUUAUCUUUCACCGCUUCUUCACACAUACAACCAUAAUAUAUUCGAAUGCUAUUGGACCAGCUGAAAAAAUGAAGUUAUGCGGGCACCCAGUUGCCUUCAUGGCACCUAGCAUCUACGGCCAGCCACAAAUUUCUGUAUGCAGGCUUUGA